AUGACAAGGCUCCGCGGAGCUUCACUUGAAUCCCCCGACACGAAGCGACACGGCAGCGCUGAGCGACCCCAGUUCUGUCGGUCCAAGAUUCCCCCAAAUGCACCGGAUGUCGUUGUACAGAAUACAGUCGAAGUAUCGGACCCAUCCCAGGUCCUCCCAUGGUACCGAGAUGAACGCAGACGGCGCUUCAAUAUACUAGUACGAAGAUACAAAAAUCAGUUAUUGCAUGGAUGUGAUGAUCCCGGAUGUCGUACUACCACCUGUGCCAGCCGUCGCCGACGAGUAAGCGAAGGUCCGUACCGCCGCUAUACGGAACUCAGCGCCCGAACUCUUGCCUGUUACCUCGCCAGUCUAGAUGACGCGGACAGUGGACUAUGUUGCAACAACCCGAGAUAUUCCUCUGAAUUGACAAUUAAUGAUUAUCACCGCAUUUCGUUACAGCGAUCCCGUACGUUCCAAGCCCAGACUGCUGCAGCUGCCACUACCGAGUCGGGCAGGCUCCCGCAAGGUGACCAGGGUCAACUUACCGAAGACGCGGUCAAGGAUACUUUGUGCACCUCGCAGGAAGAUGGAAUGACUAUAGAAGGUCAUACAGAUGGCCUGGAAUCAAAUCUCGGCGCAGCAACAGACAACUACUACUGGCAGGACCUUGACUACGCGGUUGAGCAACCGCUCAAAGAUCCGAAAUCCUUCACCCAAAACCUCUUCGACACAAUAUCAUUACGUAUGGUUGAAUGGCUUCCACUUCGUCGAGCGCCCGAAUCCUUCCAGUCAAAGAAAAAGCCUUCAGGUUCACUACCCGAGAGCACACCUACAACCUCCGACAAACGACGACGUCAUCAAGAAAUGGAGGCCGAGAAGCGGCACCCAAUUAAAGACGAAUCCACUGUCUCUCAUUCACAUAAUGUACAGCCUCGUACUCCAUCUUCACGGAAUGUCGGGACUCAGCCAGCCGCAGUCGAGCUUAAAUUCCAGAACCAGCAUGUCAAACGACUAUCACUCACCGAGGUCGAAAAUUGGCGGCAGUCAUCAUGGCACAGCCUAGACGAGAAAAAGCGACCCGAGCUCAAAAAUAAGCAAAUACCCGUGGGUAACCAUAUAACGUCGAAUGAGUUUGCAAGUCUUCCUUCGCCCCCAGCUUUGAAACAUCGACCGCAAAAGCAUCGUGGAAGAAUCGACAGCUUGGACAAUACACGCCCGAAAGAAAGGUCCAAGGCCCAAAGGAGAGUUUCUUGGGACAGCGAGAAGAUCUUGCAUGAGCCUUUGCUCCAAGAGUCUCCGAAUUAUCCCAAGCCUCCUCCGCCAAAGCCCCAGGUCGAUAUUGAUUCUCCGAGUGAUCGCAAAUCCAAAAACAGCUCUCUUCGGAGCACUCGUGACCUGGGUCCUCUGGCCCAGACUGUCACUCAUCUGAAUCCAGAGAUAAUCAGCGGUCUCGCGAGGGUCAUGAUUGAGUCAGAGGAGGAUGCAGAAACCUGGAGAGAGGAGCUCGAUAGAAUCCAGUCGAUGGGAAGCUUCGAUAAUCCCGAUUGGCGAUUCGCCACACCUCGUCAACGUCAGGUAUUUCCCUUCAUUGCCCAAAGUGUCUUCUUUGUCUUCAGCAAUGCGAAACAGAUGCUGCUAUCAUUUGGUAAAGAUUCAACGGGCCCGAAUGGACUAUCAGAGACAAAAGCAGACAGCCGUCUGGACGUUCCCAAUCUUCGAGGCUCUUUACAGCGCCUGUUCACCAUCUGCCCAUGGGACGUUGCAUUGCAUAGCUUAUGGUCCGGUCUCGAUAAAAUGUUUCUGCCCCCAGAUGAAUUCACUUCAUCGACCAGAGCUUCGCGUCGCUCAUCCCGCAGUUCCACCAUGACUAGUUCUGCCGCUCCUCCCCCAGCAAUACGAAGGUUGUCAGAGUCCGCACCCGAUGGGCACCUGUCGGACGCCGAUGCUGCUUACGUUGCUACGAUUGCCUUUUUCGUUCUAGUUAGCUCUGUCCCAGACCUCGAUUCGCAGACCUGGCGAGGGAUUCUGCGAAUGCGUGCUGCAGGGACUGUUGCAUCGUCAGCGGACAUGCAGAAGCUGUCCCCCAAACAUGCCCAACAAGCUGUUGAGGCAACUGAUAGACUUGAGCAUGAACUGGGUCUCCGAUUGGUCAACCGCCUUGUCCGUGCUCUUACCGCGCGACUUGCGUAUCAUGAAAUUUCUAAAGCACGCCAAGCCUACUCACUUGAUCUACCGAAGCAACGGAAAGGCGGCGUAUUAGAUCGUAUCAUUGACAAUCUCACCGAUCAUUAUGACCUUCAGCAUGACGCGGCUGAUGCACAUUCAUCACCUCAGCCCACUGGUCCUGCCCAUUUGAUUUUUGAGUGGCUUCGAACACUCUUCUUACGGGAAUGGGAUGGCAACCCGGAGAUGGCACGCAGUAGUGCUGCUGGUGGCGCUAUACAGAUUAUGGCCAUGAUGUACAAGGAACGAAACCGAUUGGGGUUAACCCCCGAGGACUUCCAAACACCAAUUCUCGCUGAGCGGCUGGACCCUCUUGAGAUGCCUGUCGCGUGGGUGGGCAGCCUUUCAAACAAUCGCACUAUGCAUGUCUUGUCAUACCCUUUCCUUUUCCCUCCAUCAUCCCUGGUUAUAUACUUCCGCGCUCUCAAUCAUUCCGCCAUGACCAAGUACUUUGAGGCCGCCAUGACCACAACCAGGCAUGUCACUCAGACUGCGUUUGGCAAUAUCCAUGUCACCAACGAUGCUGCACUCCUGGCUCGCAUGAAAGUUUCCAUGUCUACAUACCUCGUUAUUUCCGUCAGGCGUGAUAACGUUUUGACAGAUGCUCUUAACCAGCUCUGGCGGCGAGAAAGACGUGAGCUGAUGCGCCCUCUUAAGGUCCAGAUGGGAAUGGAUGAGGGUGAAGAAGGGUUGGAUCAUGGCGGAGUGCAACAAGAGUUCUUCCGCGUGCUCAUGGCGGAAGCGCUCGAUCCAGCCUAUGGCAUGUUCACCAUGGAUAGCCGACACCGUAUCUCCUGGUUCCGGCCCUGCUCUCAUGAGCCGCUCUACAAGUUUGAGCUCCUCGGCUUGCUGAUUUCUAUUGCUGUCUACAACGGUCUCACUCUCCCAAUCAACUUCCCUGUUGCCUUCUAUCGAAAGCUGCUAGGCCUCAAGGUGAAACACUUGGACCAUAUAAAGGACGGUUGGCCUGAACUUGCUCAGGGUCUCAGCUCACUCCUUGAAUGGAAGGACGGUGAUGUUGGCGAAGUAUUUGUGCGCACCUAUGAGUUCAGUUUUGAGUCGUUUGGUCAGGUUGAGACCAUUGAUAUGCAGAAGUUUGGUCGGGAUGCAACAUGGCCUGUUUCCAGCAGCCAUGCUACCGCGUUAUCUAAGGUGCCCUCUUCCGAUAAGGCGACUUUGAGCCCUCCUUCACCUACGACAGCUGAAACGACCGAGGAGACUACGAUGCCCAAGCCCGAAUCGUUGUCAACGCAGUCUCCGACCCCUGCAAGCGAGGAAGCCGCUCUUGUGACAAACGAUAAUCGGCAAAAAUUCGUCAAGGAUUAUAUUUUCUGGCUCACUGACAAAUCGGUUCGACCGCAGUUUGAAGCCUUUCUUCGAGGCUUCCAAACUUGUCUUGAUCGGUCGGCUUUGUCUAUAUUUAACCCCGAGGCGCUGAAGACAGUCGUCGAGGGUCUCCACGAAAUCGACAUUAAGGAGCUAGAAAACCAUGCCCGCUACGAGGGCGGGUUCGGACCCGACCAUCGCGUCAUCCGAGACUUCUGGAGCAUUGUCCAGCAGUACUCACCCGAGAAGAAGGCACAACUUUUGGAAUUUGUCACUGCCAGUGACCGAAUCCCAGUCAAUGGAAUCCCCAGCAUCAUGUUCGUCAUUCAAAAGAACGGCGUGGGCGAUGUGCGUCUUCCGACCAGCUUGACGUGUUUCGGUCGUCUAUUGUUACCGGAGUAUUCAUGUAAAAAGGCCCUCGCUGAGAAGCUUGAUAAGGCACUUGAAAACGCGCGAGGAUUCGGCGUUGCGUAG